AAGCCUAGCAUCUCUUUCUACAAGCCUAGCAUCUCUUCUCCCUCCACAGCACCUACUCCAGCAUCAGCCUAGCAACCUUUACUCUCCCACACAACACCACCGUCAAGAUGAAGCAGUCAAUGAUCCUCCUCGCCGCUGUCGCUGGCGCUGCCACCGCCCAGUCUCUCGGUUCUUGCGCACAAAUGUGCGUCAACAACAUGAACUUGAUCGCCAACACCGAGUUCAGUUGCCCUGCUGGCGACACUGCCUGCUUCUGUACUCAGUCCAACUGGGCCUACGGUGUCCGCGACUGCUCCCGCCAGGCCUGCUCUCAGGAGGAGGCCGGUCAGGCUGUUAGCUACGCUGCCGGUCUCUGCCAAGGCGUCGCCUCCACUGCUCAGGGUUCUGCUUCUGCUCCUGCGGCGCUGCCCAUCCUGUCUUCGGCUGUCGCUAGUGCUUCUGGCGCUACUGGUACCGCAUCAGGUGAGGCUUCUGCCACUGGCAGCGCUUCCCAGUCCGCUAUCACCACCGUGCCCCUAGUUGCUACCGUCACCAACUCUGACGGCAGUGUCCAAACCACUACCUCUGGUUUCAGCACUGUUUACAGCUCAGGAGCGCUAACAGAGUCUGCAGCAAGCGCGGCCUCAAGUGCAGCUUCCUCCGUCGCUUCCGAGCUCAGCUCCGGCUUGUCCUCGAUCGCUGAGUCUGCCUCGUCUGCUCUUGCAUCCGUCAGUGGCUCCUUGAGCUCUGUUGUCGCCUCUGCCACCAGCGCCGCUGGUUCUGCUGUUUCUUCUGCUACUAGUGCCGCCGGUUCCAGUACUUCCUCCAGCGUCCCCUCGCAGGGUGCCGCUCCCAAGGUCACCGGUGUCCCCGUCGCCGCCGGUCUUGCUGCCGCUGCCUGGUUCCUCAUCUAAGCGCCUCGUACGCUGUCCAAGGUCCUACCUCGAAGGAGUAAUGUGCAUAAUGGAUAAUGAGGUGGAACAGUAAUGCGGGGAGGACUUGGAUAUAUCGCUGUGCUCGCGGCGAUGGAUUGAAUACACUCCAUGGUAUUCGAGUCGAGUCGCAGGACUCGAUUUACGAUAUUCACACGAUGGUUUGAUGACUACGACUCAUUACGCCAAUGGUUCUUCAUGUAUACGCGCCUUAGCGCUUUGAUACCCUCACUCUAGGCCUGUGGGAAAGGGUUCCGGUGUUUGGGCGCUGGUAGAUAGUAAUGACUGAAAUACGAUAAUUCACUCACAUCAC